GCGACGGGAGUUAGUGAUUCGCCGCCUGGGAGACCGCAGGACUCUGCCCGGCAAAUGGCCACGUUUUUCGGGGAGAUUGUAUCCGUCUUCUCCCGGGCGGUGGACGAGGAGGACGAAGAUGAGGAUGAGGAGAUCAGAAAUGAGUUGGCGGGGCGCAGAGAUAUUUCCAUCCAGUGGAGUCCGGAGAGCAGGACGUCGACUGAAGACACGGCCAGCCAGAGUAUCCCUUGCUCAACUUUUCUGGUUGCUGUUGGAGAGAAUGCUGUUGGGUUUCUGAACUCAUUCGUGCAGUGCAGUGGGAGUUGGGAGAUCAUCGGAGCUGUUAGAUUAUGGAAUGAGCGAAUUACGAGAAAAGAUCCUGUGGAUAAGCAGUUUCCAUCAGAUUCCUCAUGCCUUCUCUACCGACUGACGUCCAACCCAACAAUUCUGACUUGCCAUUGCAACUGCUAUGUGGCUGAGGAUCAGCUUUUCCAGUGGGCUGAGAAGGUUUUCGAAAAUGUCCAGAAAAGGAGCCUAAAUGUCAUAGUUCUGUCAUGUUCAUCUGUUACUGAAUAUAAAUCAUCCAAGUCCAUUCCGAGCAUCCCUGUACCAUUUCUUCGAGCCCUGAAGACAAGAGCACUGCAGGAGACUCCCCACUGCCAGUUACUAGAACAGCCCAACGUCAUCUCUGGGCUCCCAGCAGCAGUUCUGACCUACUGUCAGGCUCGAGAGAUUCCUGCUGUACUCUACCAUUGCUAUAGUGAUAUUACAACAUUAGAUACUUUGACAAUAGAAGCCUUUAAGCCAGUGCUUGCCUGUAGGAGCUUGAAUACUUUGGUAAAGGAUAACUCCCGAAGUGCGGAAAUACUGAAACAGCUAGUAGAUGCCAACAAGAUCCAGAGCAACCUGUAUACAUGAAACUAACAAUUUCUAACUAGUUUGUACAUUAGCACUGGAGUGGAUUCCAGAAGAACAUUAUUUGCUAUCUGCUUGUGAUGUUUUAUUAAAUAUUGAAAUAAUAAACCAUAUUAGUUUU